AUGGAGCAUGAAAGCAAGAAGAUAAAAGAGGAGGGCAGUUUGUUCCUGUGUGGCCCGACCUCGUUGUCCCUGUUGGUGGCACCAUCCCUCUGGUGGCACCAUCCCUCUGGUGGCACCAUCCCUCUGGUGGCACCAUCCCUCUGGUGGCACCAUCCCUCAUUCCUUCAUUCUCCACCUCCACCUUCCACUCUCCACCUCCACUCUCCACUCUCCACCUCCACUCUCCACCUUCCACUCUCCACCUCCACUCUCCACUCUCCACCUCCACUCUCCACCUCCACUCUCCACCUCCACUCUCCACCUUCCACUCUCCACCUCCACUCUCCACCUCCACUCUCCACCUCCACUCUCCACCUUCCACUCUCCACCUUCCACUCUCCACCUCCACUCUCCACCUCCACUCUCCACCUCCACUCUCCACCUCCACUCUCCACCUUCCACUCUCCACCUCCACUCUCCACCUCCACUCUCCACUCUCCACCUUCCACUCUCCACCUCCACUCUCCACCUCCACUCUCCACCUCCACUCUCCACCUUCCACUCUCCACUUCCACUCUCCACUCUCCACCUCCACUCUCCACCUUCCACUCUCCACCUUCCACUCUCCACCUCCACUCUCCACCUUCCACUCUCCACCUCCACUCUCCACCUCCACUCUCCACCUCCACCCUCCACCUCCACUCUCCACCUCCACCCACUAUCAGCGUGCUGGCCGUGCCUGCCAGCCUCUUCUCUAGUAUUAAGCCUCGUGGUACUGACAUUGACUCUGAAAAUACUCUCGAGUUGAUCCUUGUCUUAACAACCUCAACUGGUAAAUUUAAGACCAACACAUUUUCGAACUGUCUGACAAAGCUGUUGUUUCUAGCAAGUGGUGAUUCAGCAGAACCACUCUAG